AUGUUGUGUAAGGCAUCUGCCUCAGGCAAUGCCCCAGACAAUGCCCCAUGUGAUGUUCCAGAUGAUAUCUUAGACAGUGAUUCAGCAGGCACAGGUUGUAGCCACAGGGCUCUGUGGUACAGAGAUGAAAAAGCUGAACUAUCAUCACAUUUUUCUCCUAUUUUGGGCCAUGAAGGGGCUGGAGUAGUUGAGAGUGUGGGAGAAGGAGUGAGCACUCUGAAAACAGGUGACAAAGUUAUCACAUUCCCUCUCCCACAGUGUAGAGAAUGCACUGCUUGUCUGAAUUCUAGGGGAAAUUUUUGUAUAAAAAUAAAAGAGUCAUACAAUGGACUGAUAUCUGAUGGCACCACUAGGUUUACCUGCAAGGGAAAAUCAGUAUAUCACUUUGCUAACAUGAGCACUUUCUCUGAAUACACAGUGAUAAACCAAAUGGCAGCUGCCAAGAUUGAGGCAGAUGUAGCCCUUGAGAAAGUAUGCCUAAUUAGCUGUUGUUUUUCCACUGGAUAUGGUGCUGCAAUCAAUACUGCCAACGCCCAGCCAAGCUCCCCCUGUGUAGUACUUGGUCUUGGAGCAGUGAGCUUGUCUGUAAUCAUGGGCUGUAAGGAAGCAGGAGCAGCCAGGAUCAUCGGAGUGGAUGUCAACAAAGACAAGUUUGAAAAAGCAAGAGAAGUGGGUGCCACUGAGUGCAUCAGCCCACAAGAAUUCAAGAUACCUAUUCAAGAAGUUUUAUUUGGGAUGACUGGUGCUGGUGCAGAUUUUUGCUUUGAAGCCAUUGGAAACCCAGAAACUGUGGUAGCUGCCCUGGCCUCUUGCCAUGAAAGCCAUGGUGUCUGCGUGUUUGUGGGGAUGUUGACUGAUCGUGACCAGCUCAAUAUCAGUGGUCACUUAUUGUUCUCAGGGCGUUCCUUAAAGGGAUCUAUUUUUGGAAGCUGGAAGAGCAGAGAUGAUGUUCCUAAGCUGAUUUCUGAUUAUAUGGCAAAGAAGUUUAAUCUAGAUGCACUGAUUACCCAUACUCUGGAUUUUGAUAAAAUCAAUGAAGCAGUUGAAUUAAUGAAAACCGGGAAAUGUAUCCGCUGUGUCCUGAUGCCUUACAUACAACAAAAUUUAUGUAAGAUCUACAGCAUAUUUCACCAGCUGAAUUACAUUCUAAUCUUCAUGAUUUAG